CGCAUGCGCGGUGCCGGAUUUCCCGGCCGCCUAGAGUGGAGCCUUAGGGCUGGGUGGUAAACAGGCUGCGGCGCGGCCCGAGGGGGAGGGGGUUUUUCUCCGCCGUGACUUCUCACGCCCUCCCCCCGCCGCUUGAGGAGUGGCCGGGUCCCGACGCCGGAUUCCGGCGCUGGAGCCUCCCUCGCAAGGCGAAAAGUCGCUUCCGCGGAGAGUGGCGGGGGCUCCCUGCUCGCUGAAUGGUGCGGGCCUGAGCGGGCCCCGGAGCCCGCCGACGCGCCGAGGGCGGCCCGGCGGGGCGCGGCGGCCCGCGGGAUGCCGGCUCUGUGAGGAGGCGAGGGAAGGUUCGAGUCGGAGUCGAGGAAGAAGCGGGCCUGAGAGGGAGCGAGGCCUCGGAGGGGGAGGGGGCUGCCAAGAUGGCGUCGGCCCCGUCGAGCGCCGCCGACGCCGGGGUCUCCCCCUGCACCACGACCAUCGCACCAUCUGGAGUCAGGAAGUCCAUGCCAUCUUCUGAGGUGCCUUAUGCCUCCGGCAUGUCCAUCAAGAAAAUAGGCCACCGGAGUGUUGAUUCCUCAGGAGAGACCACGUAUAAGAAGACAACCUCAUCGGCUUUGAAAGGUGCCAUCCAGUUAGGCAUCACUCACACCGUGGGCAGCCUUAGCACCAAACCAGAGCGCGAUGUCCUCAUGCAAGACUUCUACGUGGUGGAGAGUAUUUUCUUCCCCAGUGAAGGCAGUAACCUCACCCCUGCUCAUCACUACAAUGAUUUCCGGUUCAAGACCUAUGCACCUGUUGCCUUCCGCUACUUUCGGGAGUUAUUUGGGAUUCGGCCUGAUGACUACUUGUACUCCCUGUGCAGCGAGCCGCUCAUCGAACUGUGCAGCUCCGGGGCUAGUGGGUCCCUCUUCUAUGUGUCCAGUGAUGAUGAAUUCAUCAUCAAGACUGUCCAGCAUAAAGAGGCCGAGUUCCUGCAGAAACUGCUUCCAGGGUACUACAUGAACCUCAACCAAAACCCUCGGACUUUGCUGCCUAAGUUCUAUGGACUGUACUGUGUGCAGGCAGGUGGAAAGAAUAUUCGAAUUGUGGUCAUGAACAAUCUUUUACCUCGAUCAGUCAAGAUGCAUAUGAAGUAUGAUCUCAAGGGUUCAACUUACAAACGGCGGGCAUCCCAGAAAGAGCGCGAGAAGCCGCUCCCUACCUUCAAAGACCUGGACUUCUUACAAGACAUCCCGGACGGUCUCUUUCUAGAUGCCGACAUGUAUAAUGCUCUGUGUAAGACCCUGCAGCGUGACUGCUUGGUGUUGCAGAGCUUCAAGAUCAUGGAUUAUAGCCUGUUGAUGUCAAUCCAUAACGUAGACCAUGCACAGCGAGAGCCCAUAGGCAGUGAAGCACAGCACCCACUCGACACCCGAAGGCCAGCUCCACAGAAAGCGCUGUAUUCGACAGCCAUGGAGUCCAUCCAGGGCGAGGCUCGGCGUGGGGGCACCAUGGACACCGACGACCACAUGGGUGGCAUUCCAGCCCGGAACAGUAAAGGUGAAAGGCUUCUCCUUUACAUUGGCAUCAUUGACAUUCUGCAGUCUUACAGGUUUGUUAAGAAGCUGGAGCACUCCUGGAAAGCUCUGGUGCACGACGGGGACACAGUGUCGGUGCACCGGCCGGGCUUCUAUGCGGAACGGUUCCAGCGGUUCAUGUGCGGCACGGUGUUCAAGAAGAUCCCCUUGAAACCUUCUCCUUCCAAAAAGUUUCGGUCUGGUUCAUCUUUCUCUCGGCGAGCAGGCCCCAGCGGCAACUCCUGCAUUGCUUACCAGCCAUCCAUCUCUGGGGAGCACAAGGCACAAGUGACAACAAAAGCAGAAGUGGAGCCAGGCGUCCACCUCGGUCGUCCUGAUGUUUUACCUCAGACUCCACCUUUGGAGAAAAUCAAUGAGGUCUCGACUAUUCCUGACCCCUGUUUCUCACCUGUAGUUGGAGAGACUUUGCAAAUGCUAACUACAAGCUCAGCCCUCUUGGAAAGUUCUGAAGUCCCAGAAUCCAAGUACAGCCAUUGAGCAAAAAUCCCAUGAAGACCUGGAAUUGAUUCUGCCUUGUCUGUGAGCCCAGGAAGUCCAGCCUUGCUCAGCAGUGCUGAAUUUCCUUCUUGGUCAUCAGAGGAGGCGAGUCCUGAAGGCAGGGAGAGCGCGGUCUCCUCCUGAAAAAGCGCCUCUCCUCCUGCACACAGGCGCUGGUGCCUUGCACGGACAGUCGGACCGCGAUACCUGAAUUUUCAAGUGGCCAACCUUGACUUCUCCAAUUGAUUUGAUUUCCAGCCCCAGUUCUUCCUGCUAGAUGGGGUUGCUGGGCAUGGUGGUUUUCUUCCCUUCCAUUGACUUUUCACCGGGAGCUGGACUCUUUAACUUCCUCAGGACAGACUGGCACACUGCCCUCACACAGCUCCUUCUAAAAGAAAAACCCGUGUCUGUAAUCUUGAGUAACGGUUUUGGGAGGUGUUUAACCUCCUCCCAACCUUCUGGCUUUCGUUUGUUUGUUUUUCCCUUUUGAAAAAAGGAAAGGAGAGCACCUCAUUUGCAGCCAGACAGCUUUGGGUGGUAUCUGGGAGUGGGGAAGCUGCCUGCCUGUUCCUGGGCUCCCUCGGCAGCGCCCUGGUCUUUGCAGAACAGAAUUGUGGGUCUUCGUCUGCUCCUCCCCUCCUGAUGAAUUUCUUAAGAUUGAAGGAAAGGAGGUGAUCGGUCUUUUCCCGUGUUCUGGCAGUGGGGUAGUCACGGGGCUAGGGAGAUGCAAUUCGUUGCCAUCACGCCUGGUACUAUUUUGCCGUGUGAAAUUCCCUCUUGUGUGUUUUCUGAAUACAAGGUGAACUUUUAUCAAAUGACCUUUAGGUCCUCUUCGUAGGAAUAUUUUCCUGGCUUUCCCCACCUGUUCUGCGUCCUGCGGGGGUGGGAGAGACCCGUGGGUCCCACGUCGCCGAGGCUCAAGAAUCUGCUCUUAAAUACGUGAGGCUUUGUUGUGCCAUGUGUCCUACUCUGUCCCCUCAUGCAGAGAAUAUGGAUGUGGGGACCGUCAUCCCUUGGUCCCUGUCACGGAGACUUGCGCUUGUCCAUCCAUUCCUCCUGUGAGAGGAGGAAUCAUGGCGUCUCGGUGGGGUUGUUUAGUCCCGCACCCCCUCUCCAUCCCACCCUACCUUGAGAGUAGGUCAGUCCAGACCCUAUGUGACUGUCUAUAUUAGACGCCUUCGGCCAGUUUCUGGCUGGCUACCUGUCUUUGCUGCCAUGUUCUUUUUUACAAGAUGGAAAGAAACAGUUCUUGCUAUUUUUUUUCAUAAUUUACUAUUUAUGAAAUAUUUAAGUGUUUAUUCAGGACAGAGUUCUGUAGGGAUUGGGAGGGAAUAUUUUGGGGAGGGCCGGGCCUUAGGGAAGGGAAUGGGGAAACAACAUUUUUAUGAAGUGUCACUAUUUGCCUCUACUUUGUAUUGUUCAAAAAUGACAAAUGCAAUAUAAAAGUGAUAAUUACCUGGUUUUAAUGUAUUAAACUUUCUUCAGUUAUUUAGA